UCCCAUAACAGCAGAUUCUGGAGCUGACAGGCACAGACUCGCCGAUGUUGUUUUUUUCUUUUUGCACUUUGGUGUAACAAACAAAACCGAACCUUGUAAAUCCAGUUUUUGAGCAUCAUCUUGGGUUUUUUAUUCUCCAGUUUUUCACCAACAUUGAAGCAAAACAGCAAAUGACAAAUGUUUGAUUUGGUUGCUGUUAUUCUCUAUCUAGGCUGCACUGCCCACCAAUAGAUACACAACUUUCUCUGUCAUUUUUGAUCUCCAGGAUUAUGAUUGCCUGGGGCUGCACUGCUAGGAUUUACCUUUUCAGUUUAAGGCCCCUUAAUGUAAGGAAAAACCUGGUUUGGAUAAGAUGGGGUAAUAAAUCUGGCAACUCCCCAUCUAGUGAUAAACACAGCUUGAUCAAAACGCAAGCCUUGGCUAAGACCACCUUAGUGUGCUGGGGGAUCACGAAGGUGUCUGUUGUGAGAUGCCAGGAAGUAUCAAACCAAUGUGCAUCCUUAUUCCCUGAACCUGCCAAAGACAAACAACCUUCAGCUGGAUUUUUCUGGCAUCUUGGCUUUGCCCUUCGCCUGGGACUCCGGGCUUGUGUUCUCUUGUUGAAGUUUGGCCCUUUGCUUCUGCUUUAUCCAGUGACCUACCUGUCUUCAGGUUUUGCAGCCCUCUGGCUCCAUCUCCUGCUGAAGGCCACAGAGUCCUCGGGUCCCACUUAUAUCAAGCUGGGCCAGUGGGCAUGCACCAGGAGAGAUCUCUUCUCUGAAAAGUUCUGCAUCAAGUUUUCCAAGCUUCAUGUCAAGGUGACACCUCAUCCCUGGGGUUACACCAAACACUUCCUCAGGAGAGCAUUUGGGGAAGACUGGAAGAGAGUCCUCAGGUUUAAAAGCAAGGAACCCAUUGGCUCAGGUUGUGUUGCCCAGGUAUAUAAAGCUUAUGCUGAUGCCACUACUAUUGAUGACCCCCAGUUCGAGGAACUAGUGAAGAACUCUGAAACAGAAUCUGCUUUUGAAGCCUGGGAAGUGUCUGGUCUUAGGGGCCUCUUCAGGUGGCCCUGGAAAGGGAAGGGUGGAGAGAGUUUGGAAGACAGUAGUGCAGACCAGUCACUUAAGGAAGAACAUUUCAAUGAAGGUAUUAAUAGAAAUGCUACCUCUGAGGAGCAAAUGUCUGGAUCUCAGCUAACUACAAACACAUCAUCUAUUGACAGUUUAGAUGCGAUGGACCAUCUUAUUCCAGUAGCCAUUAAAGUCCUGCAUCCUGGACUAGUCCUCCAGGUCCAGAUAGAUCUGCUUCUGAUGAAGAUGGGCAGCAAGAUCAUUGGGCUUUUCCCGGGGCUCAAGUGGCUCAGUCUGACUGAAAUAGUGGAGGAAUUUGAGAAGCUCAUGACUCAACAGCUUGACCUACGCUACGAAGCCAGAAACUUGGAGCGCUUCCAGAAAAAUUUCCUGGAUGUGGAUUUUGUGAAGUUCCCAACUCCACUUCGCCCCUUUGUAACGAGAAACAUCCUGGUGGAAACGUUUGAGGAGAGUCAGCCCAUCUCCCAGUAUCUGCACGUGGACAUUUCCUCAGAGCUCAGGAAGAGACUAGCCAAGAUGGGCAUAGACAUGCUCCUAAAGAUGGUGUUUGUUGAUAAUUUUGUCCAUGCUGACCUGCACCCUGGGAACAUCUUGGUCCAGGGCACCGCCCAUUUCAGCACUGGUCGCAAGGAUCAGACCUCCAUUGUGGACAUGUGUGACACGCUGAUCGUGGAAGUGCGGCUGUCCCCCUGCCCGCUCCGUCUGAUGCUGCUGGAUGCAGGGAUUGUGGCAGAGUUGCAGGGAGCUGACCUUCAGAACUUCAAGGCAGUCUUCACAGCUGUGGUACAGGGACAGGGGGAGAGAGUGGCAGAAUUGAUCCUUCAUCACGCCAGGGCUAACCAGUGCAAGGACAUAGAGAGAUUCAAAGUUGAAAUGGCAGAGCUAGUGACCAAGGCCAGGACGAACACUGUAGCACUGGGAAAGCUUCAAGUGGCGAAUCUGCUCUCCAGCGUCUUUAAGUUACUGAUGACCCACAAGGUGAAGCUGGAGAGUAACUUUGCCUCAGUUGUCUUUGCCAUCCUGGUUUUGGAAGGGCUUGCCCGUUCGUUGGACCCCGAACUGGACAUCUUGGAGGCAGCUAAACCACUUCUCAUCAGAACCGCUGCUUCUCUCCUAGAGUAGCAGCAGCCACUGACGUUUGUCUUGCAUUGCUGGGCUCUUUGGCAAGGACUGUCUGUGCUCCUUGGCAGCCGAUGGGGGAAACAGCCUGAAGCUGGGGACAGGCCCUCACCUCUCAUCUCUGAUGAGAAGCAGUGGGCUAUUCCCCAUUAAACUGGGUAUCCGCCAUCACCACCUAGGCAGCAUCCAGGUGCCAAAGACCUUUCCAGCUGGCUUCAUGGUUCCCCAUCCUGCCUAUGAGAGAGAGCUGUUCUACGACAAUAAAGCCCUUUAAUUUGUAUCCAAGUUUGAGUAACAAGUAUUGACACUGAGCUUGG